CGAGCAACGGUUCGCUCGCGAGAAAUUCAAACUUUGCCCACUGGCCCCGCCCCCUCCACAAAACUAUAAGUACCACUGCCUCCUUUUACGCCAGAAUCAGUUCAACUUCUUCACCAGACUGCUCGACGUCGACGAAGAAUAAUUUGCAAACAUGCGCGAGUGUAUUUCCAUGCACGUCGGUCAGGCGGGAGCCCAGAUGGGCAAUGCAUGCUGGGAGCUCUACUGUCUGGAGCACGGCAUCCAGCCCGACGGGCAGAUGCCCAGCGACAAGACCAUUGGAGGCGGGGACGACUCCUUCAACACCUUCUUCAGCGAGACCGGCGCCGGAAAACAUGUUCCCAGAGUGGUCUUUGUUGAUUUGGAGCCAACGGUCAUCGACGAGAUCCGGACCGGGACGUACCGGCAGCUCUUCCACCCGGAGCAGCUCAUUACCGGGAAAGAGGACGCGGCCAACAACUACGCUCGCGGUCACUACACUGUCGGCAAGGAGAUCAUCGACCUGGUCCUGGACAGAACUCGCAAACUGGCUGACCAGUGCACAGGGCUCCAAGGUUUCCUCAUCUUCCACUCUUUCGGCGGCGGAACGGGCUCCGGCUUCACCUCCCUCCUGAUGGAGCGCCUGUCCGUGGACUACGGCAAGAAGUCAAAGCUGGAGUUCGCCGUUUACCCUGCCCCCCAGGUGUCGACGGCCGUGGUGGAGCCCUACAACUCCAUCCUGACCACCCACACCACCCUGGAGCACUCCGACUGCGCCUUCAUGGUGGACAACGAGGCUAUCUACGACAUCUGCCGCAGGAAUCUGGACAUCGAGCGCCCCACCUACACCAACCUCAACAGGUUGAUUGGGCAGAUUGUGUCGUCCAUCACCGCCUCCCUCCGCUUCGACGGCGCCCUGAACGUGGACCUGACUGAGUUCCAGACCAACCUGGUGCCCUACCCGCGCAUCCACUUCCCCCUGGCCACCUACGCCCCCGUCAUCUCCGCCGAGAAAGCCUACCACGAGCAGCUGUCCGUGGCCGACAUCACCAACGCCUGCUUUGAGCCGGCCAACCAGAUGGUGAAGUGCGACCCCCGCCACGGCAAGUACAUGGCGUGCUGCCUGCUGUACCGCGGCGACGUGGUGCCCAAGGACGUCAACUCUGCCAUCAGCAACAUCAAAACCAAGCGCUCCAUCCAGUUCGUGGACUGGUGUCCCACCGGCUUCAAGGUGGGCAUCAACUACCAGCCCCCGACCGUGGUUCCAGGAGGAGACCUGGCGAAGGUCCAGAGAGCCGUGUGCAUGCUGAGCAACACCACUGCCAUCGCUGAGGCCUGGGCCCGACUGGACCACAAGUUCGACCUGAUGUACGCCAAGCGCGCCUUCGUGCACUGGUACGUCGGAGAGGGCAUGGAGGAGGGAGAGUUCUCCGAGGCCAGAGAAGACAUGGCCGCCCUGGAAAAAGAUUACGAAGAGGUGGGCGCCGACAGCCUGGCGGAUGACGAGGAAGGCGACGAGUAUUAAAGAGCACGUCAUAGUGCCGCUCGUUCAUUUUCUUGUUCAUGUUUGGUCCAAGUCUGUCGUUCUCAAUGUCCCUUUUGUUUGACAUGAAUUAAAUUCUUGUAAAUAAGA